AUGGCCAGGGGUAGAGGUAAAGAAGAUGCACGUAAUGCUGAUCGUGGUGUUUUGACGGGUACAGGUAGAGGCCGAGGCCGAGGUGAUCCAGAAAUUGUUCGUGGUCGAGGCACUAUAGCCACUGCACCUUCUUCAGCUGACUUUAGAGCCCCUGCACUAACUCCAACAACCCCUGUAUCAUACUCAGCCCCUACAGCCCCUCCACUUGCUCCAGUUGCCCCCACUGCACCAAAUUCUUCAGGUUCUGUUCCUGGAUCGAGUGGUAGUCGAUCUGCAUCGGGCAUGGGAGAUCACUCGUAUACGUCCUCAUUAUAUGCUACUAGGACCUACUGUUAUGUGAAUGCAAGCGGAAAUCUUAUGCCUUCUGAGAAGACAUCUGCUGCCUGCACAAAGAUUUUUCAAAAGUACAAUGUCGAGGAAGGUUCUUCCUGGAAGAAUAUCCAACAAUCCACAAAAGAUUUUUAUUUCAGAGAGUUUGAGAAAGAAUUUCACUGGGAUGAGGGAAGUGCUGCAAUAGUGAGGAAGGCAUGGAAUAAAAAAGCAGCUACCCGAUACAAAGACUUUCUGACAAAUGAAAAGAAGAAAAAAAAGAGGAGUGCUUAUAUAUCAACUGAAGUUUGGGAUAAAUGGAAUUUAGAUUGGAGUACUCCAGAGUAUGUAGCAAAGUCAAUGAAGUACUCAAAGAACCGCCUAACAGAGAAGGGAGGUGAAGGAGCUGGUCCUUCUACACAUACAGGUGGGUCCAUAACACAUGAGGAGCAUGCUAGACGCAUACAAAAUGCUAACACAGACAAAGUUCCUCCAACAGCAGCUGAGUUGUUUCUCCACACCCAUACAAAAAAGAGUGAUCGCAACAAAUUUGUUGACAAACGAGCUGAAAUUAUUUAUGUGAUUCUAAGUUGUGUGAUUCAUUUUUCUAUUAUCAUAUCUUGCAAGUAUUGUAAAUGUGAUAUCUUGCAGGAAAAUUAUUUGAAGCUAAAAGAACAACAUUCAAGCCAGAAUGUGGGAUCAGAUCAUGUGGAAGGAGAUGAAGGAACUAUUAAUGAGGAUCAAUUAUUCAUUACUGCAGCAGGAGGAUGGCAAGGAAGUCGAGUUUAUGGUUUAGGUAGUGCUGCCUCUUCUGCCUUCUCUAAAACAGGAACUGUGGGAAAAACAACAGAUGUUCCAUCAUCCCAAUCACCAGAAUGGAAGAAGGAAAUGGAAGCAAAGUUUGAAGAGAAGUAUAAUAGUUUGCAGAAACUUGUAGAAGACCAAAAUCAGAUAAUAGCUCAAAUGCGUGAUGAACUACAGGCAACGAGGAUGGGACAGCAGUCUUCCUCAUUGAUGCCAUCAACAUCUGAUAUGCCUCCAGCUCAAAGAUUCCCUGGUGAUUCACAUAUAGAUUAG